GGGAGGGGGAGAGGGACGGGGAGGGCAUUUAAUGGCGGCCGCCUGAGGUGGGCUGGGGGGCUGGUUUAUAGAGGUUCUGUGGAUUCACUUGGGGAUGUAAUGGUGGCCUUAAAUACACAGCAAACCCAUACGACUGAGCUGUAAAUCUAGCUCUGCUUCCCUAACCCUCUCCCUUAAGGCACCAGUGCGUUGUGCUAAGCUAAACGCUUGCUGGAGAAAAACGUGUUUUUAAGUUACUCGUGGUGCUGAACGUUUCUCAGAUCUUGACAUAUUUAUUAAAAAUGUUUUACCAUGUGAUAGUAAUCAAAUAAACGAGAUCUUUUUCAGCAACGAAAUGUUUAUGGGUUUAUUUACUUUUCAUUUUCCUGGGAAAUGUCAUUUGAAGCCAGCACUUUAUUGUAUUGCUAAUGUGGAAGCUGAGUGAAACUAAUUUAACUGUUAUUUAGCGCAUGUUGAAAGGGUAGAGAAAAUAGUAACAGACAGUAUAAUUAGUGACAAGUAUGCUUGCUUAAUAUUUAUUAUUUUUAAACACUAAAGGUGAUUCUUAUGCAAAGUGGCUGCUGUAAAUAAGGCUGGUAUAGAAUAGAAAUCCAUCUUUUCUCACAAAAUUUACAGUCUAAUCAGAGAAGGAAAAGUGGCAGGGGAAACUAUUUUCCAGUCAGCGACCAGCGUGAUGUCUUGUAGGUUUUGAACUUCAGCUCAGGAGGAAGAUGAAAGAUAGCGUCCCUGAAGAACAUUUAUAUUUGGGUUUGUCUCAUGAGUACAAAGAUAGUAUUUUUCCUCUUCAUACAUCUAUUUCGCUGUUUUUGCUGUCCUACUGUGACUGCAAAUUAUUCAAAAUUUUCUUAGUGCCGACUGGUGAAGAUGUGGACAAUCAGUUUGUGACAAAAAACCUCCUUGGCUAUCUCGAGGUCCAUUUAAUCUCCAAAUGCCAGCUUCCUAUGGUCGUGCAGAGCUGCUGUUUACCUGCUGUUGUCGCGAAAGACGGCAAGUUCUGUCGAGCUGGGCUUUCCGUUGUCUUAAGGCAUAUAAUACAGAAAACAUACGAGGCAGAUCCAUCUAAAAAGUAUGUUUUGGAACUCCUGGGCUUUAAGAAGACCUGCUUAAAAGCCUGUGCUGAGGUUAGCCAGUGGACCAGACUUUGUGAGAUCAGCAUACCUCUGGCUGUUGAAGGAUUUUUGACGGCAUCUCCUGAGCACUGUCAGGCUGUCCCUGCUGACAUUUUACAUCUUGAAAGAAAACUUGGAGAACCUGUCCGAGUGCACAACGAUGACAAAAUUCGAAGGCAAAAACUUCAACAACAGAAGGCAGGUGCCGAGGCUGCGGUGCCUGGACUCAGUAAAGAAACGACAGAGGAAGGAAAAACAGUGGAGGUACACGAUCAUCUGCUUCCAAGUUUGGAACUGAGCGUAGCUUUCUCCAAGCUGCAUGUCCAGGAAGCAUCAAAUGCGGUCCGAGAGGCCCCUGUCAUCAGGAGAACAAAAACCUCUGACCUUCCGCCUUUGGACCACAUUUUUGCAGAGGGGCUUUAUUUUACCUUGGCAGAUAUAGUGCUUCUGCCAUGCAUCCAUCAGUUCUUGGUUCACAGCAAAAAACAAGGAAAAAAUCUGGCAAACUUGCCUCUGAUAUCCAGUUGGUAUCAAAGAGUUCAAGAAGUACCUGGAGUAAAGAAAGCUGCUGACAAAUGCAGUAUGCAGCUUCUCCAGCUUCCAGAGUUGAUGCCUGCUCCAGAGGAACAGCUACAAGACUUCUCUUCAGUUCCUGAUGAAUUGGAAGAGGAGCCUGAAGACAGUCAUUUUAUAGGUGGUCCAAGGCCAACUAUGACUAAAUUAAUGGAAAGCGGUAUUGAGGCAAAAUUUUCUCCUCAUCCAUGCCCUAACUGGACUAUAGACUGGACCAAUCUCCCAUCAGCAGUCAGUCCUGGAGAAGGAAAGAUGUCUAGCGAUCGGGCUCUGAGGAAACAGCAGCAAUUGAAUAAUUUGGUAGCAGCUGUGAAAAAGCUUGCUAAGCCUGGAGAUGUCAUUGUGGAUUUUUGCAGUGGAGGGGGACAUGUCGGAAUUGUUCUUGCUUACAUGCUGCCAUCAUGUCAGGUGGUGCUCAUAGAAAAUAAGGAGUUAUCUCUGAUCCGUGCUAAAGACAGAAGCGAUGAACUAGGUUUAAACAACAUUUCCUUCAUUCAAGCAAAUCUGGACUAUUUUAAUGGGACUUUUAACAUUGGGGUGGCUCUGCAUGCAUGUGGUGUGGCAACAGACAUGGUGAUCGAACAUUGCAUCAAGGCGCAGGCAGCCUUUGUCAUCUCCCCGUGUUGUUAUGGCUUCAUUCAGAACACUGUGAAGUUUAAAUAUCCACGAAGUAAUCAGUUCAAAGAAAUUUUAUCCUACAAGGAGCACAUGAUCCUUUGCAGAUUUGCAGAUCAGACAGCUGUUCAGCUUCCACCUGAACGCAGGCUAAUAGGAAAGCAGUGUAUGGGGCUUGUGGAUCUCGAUCGGGCCUGGGCUGCAGAACGAAGUCACUACUCUGUCCAAGUUAUAUCUAUGGAGCCAGAGAGCUGUUCUCCAAAGAACAAUAUGUUUGUGGGCAUCCCAGCUUAGAGUGUGAAGCUCAUACUUGAUUUGAAGUCGAACAUAAAUCCUCGGUGCAUAACAACAUCCAGCAGAUUCAAGCAUAGCUGGGAAGCAGACAUCAUGCAUCUUGAACCCAUUGUGUUUGGAAAAGGAAGCAGCAUGAAAAGUUUUAGAAAAUGAACUGCAUGCAGGGAAUUGCAAAUUGUAGCUUGUAAUGUGUCAUUAGGCAACUUUUGGUUGUUCUUACUGAGAAGUCUCUACAACUGUUGAUGGUAUCACAUCUGUCUGCAGAAGUUUAGAAAAAAGGUGGUCUUAGAGAAGGGAAGGUGAUUCUCUUCACAGUAAAGCUGUCUUGGCUGCUUCAGAAUUGUAUUCAUGUUCAAACCUUCAUUUGUGCUCAUGGGCAGAGCAGUUAUCAGCCAGUUAUGCAGAUCACUAGAGGAACAGAUGGAGUUUAUGGUGUUAGUGAAGAAGGUUGUGCAACAGGUGGUGGCUCGAUUUUGCUAAAGAAUUCCAUACUACUUCAGCAAGAUUAUUUUUAGUAAAAGAUUUUCAGAAUACUUUGAUCAUCAUUCUGCAUGUAGAAAAAAUGUAUUCUAACCUAAUAAUCCUUUUAAAAAUGAUUUAAAAUUUUAUCUUUGAAUUUUACACAGGAAUUCUGUAACCAGACAAUUGAAAGUGAAUAUUUAAAGAAAACCCUUAUUUCUCCAUUGACGAGAUAACAGGAGCUAGUGUGAUGUCAGCGAACAGCUACUUCACUGCCACCUCUACUAGUUGAAGUGGAUUGCUUUCCAUUCUUAAGAGACUUGCUGUCAGAUGGAAUUUUUAAGACCAGCUUGUGUCUGUACACAUAUUCUUCGUUUAUUUUUAUAUUCAAUUUAAAUUUGAACGAAGUUGCAGUUGUGGAACCGUUUGAAAAGAUCAACAACAGACUUGUUACUGUAAAAUGAAAAUAAAUGUUCUUCUGUGCUUUUAC